ACUACAGUUGAGCCUAUUUUGAAGCCAGAAAUAAAGCGAAACUCGAUUUUCAUCAACAAUGAGUGGGUUGAGUCAUCUAGUGGAAAAACCUUCAACACUAUAAAUCCAGCAACUGGUAAAGUAAUAUGUCAAGUUUCGGAAGGUGAUAAGGUUGACAUAGAUAAAGCAGUUAAAGCAGCUCGUAAAGCCUUCGAAUUUGGUUCUGAGUGGCGUACCAUGGAUGCAUCACAUCGUGGUGUAUUACUUCACAAACUGGCUGAUCUUAUUGAACGUGACAGAGUUUAUUUGGCU